AUGUCUCUCGCUAUUAGUCACGAUUCUUACGACGACUUUCGAGUUUGCUUUAAAAGGGUGGAGAGUCGACUGAGAACACUCAACAGUAUGUUGACGGGAGAGACGGAUAUGUGGUACGAGAGGGUAAAUAUUCACACUAUAAUUUUCUUAGCUCGUGAUUUUUUCUUUCGGUAAUAGCAAAAUAGCUGGCUAUGUAUGCAAGCUGCAACGUGAAAAGAAACAAGGCCCUUGCAUUGCGAAAAACUACUGCGCAAAAUUAUGGAACUUUCUGUAAACCCUCAGCCGAGUCGCCAUCGAUAGCUGAAUCGUUAUCCUCUUUUUGCAAUCAUCACACACUUCCUUAGUGCAGGAGUUAGAUGUGCCGUUUCUACUUGGUUCCUUUGAGCGAGCGAAACGAACGCAAAUCUCGAGAGAAUAAGAGUUAGGCCUCCCCGGGGGGAAAGUCAACAAAAUUUGGGGGAGGGGAGGCUUCGUCUCUAGGUCUAACCCCUUACCCUUUUCAGAGACCAUUUUUGACAGGUUAGAUAGCCCUUUCGCAUACGUUUUAUUGAGAUAUGGUAACCCUUUCGUAUACUAGGCUAGAACGCUGCACCCUUGUUAACUGUUGUAAAACACCGUCUUUUAAAUGGAAUUAACCAGUAAACUUGAAAGUUUUCUUAUCUUUUUCAGAGCCAUAAAAUGCUCCUGUUAGUCGGUCCAGCAGGUGUUGUCACAGACUUCAGUGACAGAUUUCCCUACACUUUCAUAUACUUCAACUACCCUUUGAUAUAA